UGAUAGUGAAGCAAUUUUUUUUAGAGUAGAGUAGACUACAAUCUACAUAUCCAACCGACUAACCAAAACGACGUACCGUUUACACAUAUCUCAGCCACUUUCCGCCGUUAACGACCAUGUUUUCUCGUCGUUUCUCACUCUCCUUCUCCUUCUUCUUCCUCUUUCUUCUUCAAAUCACUCCCUUCUCGUAUUCUUCUUCUUCAAACCCCUCUUCCAACCUCACUCUCAUCUUACAGGAUGUAUUGAAGGCAAUAUCGUUGAAGCAGAAGUGGGAUUUGAACGAUUUGCGGGUUCUUAAUUCGGAAUCUGUUGGGAACAGGUUCAGGUUCGGAACUUUUCAGAACUUCGAGUUCAGAAUUGGGUUUGGGAAAAAGAGCAAUUUUUCUGUGAAAUUCUCUGACCAGGUUGCGAGUUGGAGCAAGUUGAGGAGGAAGCCCAAAUCGGUGGAAGAGGAUUUAGGGUCUCUGAUUCAUCGUGUUAGCUCCACGGCUGUUCUUGAUUCAAUCAAUUUGGAAGGUCCUUUUGAGUUGGUUGUUGAUGACACUCACAGAUUCUCACUAUCAUUGCCUAUGAAUGUUUCUUAUACUGGUUUGAAACACAUCCUUGUUGGUGAAGGUAUUACAAUAGAAGUAAAACAAGCACAAGAAAUAUCUCUUUUCUACUCAUCUGAUCUUGAUCUGCGAAUAAAUGGGACUGCGUUAUAUAGCAAGGGAAGAAGUGCAUUUUGGCCCUUUCUGCAGUCAAUGUGCAUGCCGUUAAUUCCCAUACGCAUAUUCGGGUCUGCAUCAUUAGUAGCUUAUAAAGCUAGGAACCGUUAUUCACCAAUAGAAACUACAUCAAUUUCAGAGGACACAGUUGAGCUGCUUCCAGAAAAAUGUUACCAUGGCCAUACACGUAGAAAGCGAGCAUGCCCCAUUGAUAAAUUAAGCUCUAAAUUAAGUGUGUUUGAGAAAAUUCUGAGGAGUCUUGUUGGUCAUAAGAUUCUUCAAGAUCAGUUUUUUGGCUUCGUGAGAGCAAACAUUAAAGCAUCAGCUGCCGUAAAGUUCCCUCUAGAAUUGGAAAGAGACAUAGGGAGUAAUGUCACACUUAGUCGCACAUUACCUGAUUGGAGAACAAGACCGAGUGUAGAGAGGUUUUGGUUCGAGAUAUUGGCGAAAGUCGAGGCAGACAGGCUAAAGCCGGUUUUGAUAAAGAAAGUGAAGCCUUUUAUCGAAUCCGAUUCAGCUUCAUGGGCUAAUUUGAUGUCUAAUAUGUCAUAUACGAAAUUGCGACCGGUUCUUCUUCCUCCAGAAGCUCUCACAUUGGAUGUGAAGUGGUAGGAGAUGCUCUUGUAAGUUGUAACAUUUUUUUCCAAAACUUUAAUAGGCCUUUUCAUAGAUUCAUCUGUUGAUGCUGUUAGAUAAAGGAGUUAACUAACUCUUGUAAAAUAUAUCACUCAUGCACUCAUGAUUGGCUUUGUAAAUAUCCCAAAAAAGAAAGUGAAAAAGAAAAAAAUUGAAAGAAGAAUUUGCUUUUA